GUGAGGUACAGGCGGUCAGGACAGCGUUUUAAAGUUUAGCUCGGCUUUUCCUGGACGGGCAGGCCGACCUGGCAGCACCGAGUCCCUGGGCACAAGAGACGUGAGGAUAGAUAAUCUUAAAAGAUGUGGAUCCUUUGAGCCUGCGCAUUCUGAAUCCCAGCACGCACCUAUACUGUGAGUCAUGUCUGAGAUGGAGGGUCGCAGUGAUUCAGGCCUCGCCACAGGGCAGGUCUAUGUGGAAGUGGAGUAUGAUUAUGAGUACAAGGCCAAAGACAGACUCAUUUCCAUCCAUCAGGGCGAGUGCUACAUGCUGGUGAGGAAAACCAACUCUGACUGGUGGCAGGUGAGAAGGGAAGAUGGCACGAAGGCUUUCUAUGUGCCUGCGCAGUAUGUGCGUGAGGUUCGGCGGGCGCUCAUGCCGCCACCACCACCCAAACCACGCAUCAAGCCCCCCAUCACCCUGCCUAUAACUCAUUGCUCCUCCGCCAGCGAAAACCUGCAACAGCGGGCACCAUCAGAGAUGGUCAGUUUCGGCCGGCCGCCCCCUUCCAGCACGCCUUCCCCGUUACCAGAGCAACAUACUCCACCUUUACUGCUGCGGGACUCCAAUCAGAAUGCAGGGAUGAAAGACGUGCUCGCAGAGCUCACUCUGCUCAACAACCAUCAUAACCAUCACCAUGGCAACACGGUGCUGCUGCCGCGCACCAGGCCCGACUCACCAUCCAAGGAGCCGCCAGGUUGCCGGGGGAAACCCCAAGGAGUGUCACCAUCCGAUACAGAUGGAUCAUCACCAGGAAACAGCUCGGAGGUGUUGCGUAACGAUUCGGAAUCAGGAGACGAGCUGAGCAGCAGCUCCACAGAGCACACACAGACACUGUCUCCUAUCGGCCAUGGUCGUCCUGAGUCCCCUGUCUACACCAACCUGCGGGAGCUGAAGGUCUCUCAGUCAUCCUUACCUCCUGUUCCUUCAUCCUCUCCUCUGCAUGUACUGGGGGACUGGGAGACCCAUAAGGACGUGAACGGAAGGCACUUUUAUUACAACAAGACCACCCAGGAGAGGACGUGGAAACCACCACGCUCUCGGGACACCACCGGGGGCAGCCGAGGAGACACCGCCAGCACAACUGAUAUGGAGCCGCUGUCGUCUGAAGAGAACUGCCUGAGCACGCACUCCAGUCAGUCAGACAGUCAGUAUGGCUCGCCCCCGAGAGGCUGGUCUGAAGAGCUGGAUGAACAUGGCCACACUCUUUAUGUGUGCGAGUACAAUAAUGAGAAGUGGAUAAAGCAUGUGGAUGAGCAGGGCAGGCCGUAUUAUUACAACGCUGACGGAUCCCGCUCUGAAUGGGAACUUCCUAAAUACAGUCUCCCUUCUCCACACACCACUGAAGUUCCUAAAAGCCGCAGCUUGGAAAGGAAGCAGCCAGAGCCAAUCGUCCUGACCAAGUGGCGAUAUAGCACGUUUGUAGACCUCACUGACAAGCUGUCGGUCAAAAAUAGGCGCUUCACCUUGGGACAUUUCUCCAGAAGUGUUGGCCUUUCAUUGUACGGAUAUCAAGAGUCUGGGACCAACAAACAUAACUCCCCUGACUCUGACUCCUGUCCUUCUUCACCUAAACACUCUACACUGUCUGAAAAAUGUGGAGUUCUUAAUGUCACAAAGAUCACCGAGAAUGGAAAGAAAGUCAGGAAGAACUGGACCUCGUCCUGGACGGUACUGCAGGGCUCCACACUGCUCUUUGCUAAGGGUCAGAACAGCGCCACCAGCUGGUCGUACUACCGCAAUGGCUCAUUCCCUGAGCUGCUCCUCUCGUUGCUAAGCAACUGGAAGCGUUCAGUUAAGCCCCGCCCUGCAGUCUCCUAUAAAAACUUUGGGCCUUAUUCUUUUGGGGGAAACCAGUCGAAGCCAGAAUUUGCUGUGGACCUUCGUGGAGGGUCAGUCGAGUGGGCGUCUAAAGAGAAGUCCAGCAAGAAGCAUGUUAUUGAGCUAAAGACGCGUCAGGGCACAGAGCUGCUGAUCCAGUCAGAGAUAGACAGCGUCAUCACAGACUGGUACAGGGCUCUCACUGAGGUCAUCAAUACACACGCCUGGGAGUCAGAUGAAGCGAUUGAAGAGGACAUGCCCGAGUCUCCAGGAACAGAGAAACAAGACAAAGAAAAAGACUUCAAGAAAAGCAAAUCAAUGAAGAGCGCUACUAUGGAAUCAGCCGAUCAGAAGAAGACCAGAGUCAAGCUUAAGAAAUUCCUCACGCGACGACCGACCUUACAGGCUGUCCGAGACAAAGGCUACAUUAAAGAUCAGGUGUUUGGGUGCAGUAUGACCAGUCUCUGUUCCAGGGAGAACACCUCAGUUCCCAACUUUGUCCGAAUGUGUAUUGAGCAUGUGGAGAACACUGGCUUAAAUGUUGAUGGAUUGUACAGAGUCAGUGGAAAUCUGGCUGUCAUUCAGAAACUACGCUUUGCUGUCAAUCACGAUGAGAAGGUGGAUCUAGCGGACAGUAAAUGGGAGGAUAUCCAUGUGAUCACGGGCGCUCUGAAGAUGUUUUUCCGGGAGCUUCCAGAGCCCCUUUUCACUUAUUCCCACUUCAACGACUUUGUUAAUGCCAUCAAAAACUUGGACUACAAGCAGCGACUUCAGGCCAUAAAAGAUCUAAUCAAGCAGCUGCCAAAGCCAAAUCAGGAAACAAUGCAAGUCCUGUUCAGACACCUGAAAAGAGUGAUAGAACACGGAGAAGCGAACAGGAUGACAACACAGAGCGUGGCCAUUGUGUUCGGCCCGACCCUCCUGCGACCUGAGACCGAGACCGGCAACAUGGCUGUCCAUAUGGUGUACCAGAACCAGAUUGUAGAACUGAUCCUGCUGGAAUAUGACAACAUAUUUGGCAGGUAGAGCCCCUGUGGACUGUCCACUCAUGCGCUGCUUCUCCAAAAAAAUAAUGCCAAAUCAUGACCACUGCAGAAUUCAUCAUAUAAAAGCAAAUGCAUGCUUCAUUUGCUGUGGACCAGGCUUAAUACCGAACAUGUAAAGAGAAGAGUAUCUGCAUUAUAACAUUUGCCUAAGUGGUUAAAAUAAUACAAGAAUAUUAAACGGUACUUCAUGCACUUCCUGAUUUUGGACUUUUGAAGCUGUGCAGCUGUUUCUCUGGUUUACUCUUCCUGAAACGGAGCUGCUACUCCUCCUGACUGAGAAUAAGCUGGAUGGACUUGUUCAUUUGGUUGGCACAGUGGAUCGUCCUCCAUUUUUGCUCGAACUGGACGUUACACUCACAUGAUUCUGUACCAGUAAGGAAUCUGCUGUGGGCUGAGCGUCAUGGAAUAUGAGAAUAUUUUAAGCGUAUGUGUAUAUAGUGAAUACUGAAGUCAAGCUGAAACUGGAUUGGAGUUUCAUUUCUUCCUGUUUUGGGCAACAUUUCUGAACGUUUUUCCUGAAAUAACGUUAAAAUAGAGCAUUAAUAAAGCCAGUGUUUUUCUCAACAGCUAAUCUGUGGAGGGAAAGUGAGUGAUUUAUCCUAUAUUAAAUGAGUAACAGCUUCAUGUCAGUAUUACACGUUACAUAAGCGGACCCUGAAAAGGAUUUCCAAAGCUUACUAGACUCGUUUUCCUCCAGCUCUGCUUCUCCUAUCUGCCAUUUUGACUGCAAUCCCUCAGUCUCAUUCUUCGAUGGAACUGCAAAGAUUUGCUUCAACUCUCCACAAGUGACUACUGACCUGUUCCUCUCAUUUUGGCAGCAUCUCACCCAGUAAAGGGUCACGAAAGGCUCCGUGAGCUCCGAGGACAUCUCCACUGUAACUCUCUGAUCAAAUAACUGGACUAUGACAAUUUGAGAACGUGGAAGUAGAACUGUAGUCAGGGGUUUGUUCUCUGGUAAAGAAGAAUUAAAAUAUUACAGGUUGACCUUAUUUAAAAUGUGGGUAGUUUGCUCUUAUUCUUUUCCCCUUACAUCCCUCUUACCUAGUCAUUGCGUUUAUUUUAUUUUUUUCUAAUUCUUCCUCCUUACACUUCUUUCCCACUCCUGCAUUACUGGAAUUUGAAAGCGGAGACGUUUGCAUUCAGUCCUGAUGCUCCUGUUUCAGAUCAAUAGACCUCCCUACCUACUUUUCUCUCUGUAUAUCUCUCCAUCAGUAUGAACAGAAAAAGGCAGGGUUGUACAGGAAAUAGUGUUUAUGGUGUGGCCAUGCCGCACACGCUUUUGUUCAGGUACACAUUAUGAAAAGCCGUUUUAUACAGGAAUUCCACAAUAUAUGUACAGAUUAUGGUUCAAAGAUUUCGAAAUCUUUUGAAGUGCGAAAGGUUUCCCUAAUAUUGUAUAAUAAAUAUUAGAGUAAUAAAUAUGAGAUAUUAAUUGCUUCACACGAAGGGUUGUAUUGCAAUGCAUUGUGAACAGCACAUUUGAAUGUAAUUGUGAGACUAACUACUGUUUGACAUUGACAUGUCUAGUCCUAAUUAAAAAGAAAUCACAUGCAAACUA